AUGACGGGAUCCCGUAAAAUCCCGUACGGGGUCCCGUCCCUUAGAAUCGAAAUCCGACUGAUUCAGAUUUUUUUUGAAAUUUUUUUCAAUUUUUUUUUUCAAUUUUUAGACUCAAUUUUGCCUUCUUCUCAACAAUUCCAAGCAGAAAAAAUGUCAGAAAAUCUCAAAAAAAUUAAAUUUGAUUUAACAAAUGGAACAACUUAUCAAGAAGAACCGGAAGAAAUAUUUCAGCCUCCAACAAUUAAAGAAGCGCACAUUUCUGGAUUGUCUAAAUAUCAAGAAAUGUAUAAUAAAUCAAUUAAAAACCCUGACGAGUUUUGGAAAUCUGUGGCAGAAAAAUUGUAUUUUGAAAAAUUUUCUGAAAAGGGGCUGGAAUGGAAUUUUGAUAAAAGAAAGGGAGAGAUAUUUAUUCGUUUUAUGAAUGGGUCUAAAACAAAUAUUGCUUAUAAUUGUUUGGAAAGAAACAUUAAAAAUGGACUGGAAAACAGAAUAGCCUAUUUCUGGGAAGGGAAUGAACCUGGCGAUGAAAUAUCAAUAACUUAUGGAGAAUUAUUAAAAGAGGUGAUCAAAUUUUCUUCUGUUCUACGUUCUAAAGGCGUGAGAAAAGGAGAUGUUGUAGCAAUUUAUUUACCUAUGAUUUUGGAAUUGGUUGUUGCAAUGUUGGCAUGUGCCCGUAUAGGUGCUAUACAUUCUGUUGUUUUUGCUGGAUUUUCUGCGGAUUCUUUAGCUUCAAGAAUUACACAUGCAAGAUCUAGAAUUUUAAUCACAGCAGAUGGUUGCUUCCGCGGCAAUAAAUUAAUCGACUUAAAAUCCUUGGCGGACAAAGCAGCCAAUAUUUGUACUCUUCGAGGAGAAUCUUUAGAUAAUAUUAUUGUUGUUGAACAUUUAAAGAAAAUUCGAAUACCUAAGGGAGCACAGGGAAUUAAUUUAAAAUUGGAAAAAGGAAGGGAUUCUACGUGGGAUUAUGAAAUGGCUUUACAUCAAGAGGCAAAUCAACAGACAAAUUCAAAUGUGGAAUGGAUGGAAGCAGAAGAUCCCUUAUUUAUUUUGUAUACUUCUGGAUCAACUGGAUCUCCUAAAGGUAUUCUUCAUUCUACUGCUGGGUAUAUGUGUUAUUGCUCAUUUGAUGCACAACCAGAUACAGAUAUUUAUUGGGCAACUGCUGAUUGCGGUUGGAUAACUGGACAUUCCUAUGUUGUAUAUGGACCUUUAUUGAAUGGUUUGACUUCUGUAAUUUUCGAAGGUGUGCCGAGUCAUCCAGAUCAUUCUCGUUUUUGGUCAAUUAUUGAAAAAUACCGAGUUACCAAAUUUUAUACAGCACCUACAGCUAUUAGAGCUUUAAUGGCAUUCCCAGAAGAAUUUGUAACAAAACAUAAUUGUUCUUCACUUAAAAUAAUUGGGACUGUUGGAGAACCUAUAAACCCAACAGCAUGGAAAUGGUUAUAUAAUGUUGUGGGUAAAACAAAAUGUGCUGUUGUUGAUACUUAUUGGCAAACUGAAACGGGACCUGGAGAAGGAAAUUUGUGUUUUUCACAGCCAUGGCCAGGAAUUAUGAGAUCUAUUUGGUGUGAUCAUGAACGUUUUGUUACUAAUUAUUUUAGUGCUUAUCCUGGAAAUUAUUUUACUGGAGAUGGUGCACGUAGAGAUGAUGAUGGUUAUUAUUGGAUUACUGGAAGAACGGACGAUUUAAUGAAUGUAUCAGGCCAUCUCCUCUCUACAAGCGAAAUAGAAUCAGCUUUAGCUUUGCAUCCAAAUGUUGUUGAAGCUGCUGUUGUGUCUGCUCCACAUCCAAUAAAAGGACACUUCCCCUAUGCUUUUGUUGUAUUAUCUAAUGAUAAAAGAUUAACUGAAGAAUUGGUUAAAGAAAUUAAAUGUGUUGUUAGGGACAAAAUUGGGGCUAUUGCUAUUCCUGAUGUUAUACAGCACGCUAACGGAUUACCCAAAACUCGUUCCGGAAAAAUUACAAGACGAAUAUUGAGAAAAAUUGCAGAGGGUGACAAACAAGCAGAUUUGGGUGAUAUUUCGACUCUUGUAGAUGAAACAAUAAUUGAACAUUUGUGGGAAAAUAGACUAAAAGAAAUAAGGACAACUGGAUAA